AUGAAAAAUAAAGGAGGAUUUCAAGAAGAGAAUGACUUGAAUGAAUUUUUUAACGAAGCCUUUGAGGGGAAUGAGAAUGUGGAUGGUACUGAUUGGAUGCCAAGCCCAGUGAUCCAACAAUUCGGUAGUCCAUGGAAAUCAAAUCGAGUAAACGAUGAUGAUGAUGUUGAUAAUCCACCGGAGUUUGAUCGUAGAAAACAAAAACAAAUCGUGAAGAAGAAGAAGAAAAAGAAGGUUGUUGUUAACAACAUUGUGGAUGCGGAAAAUCAUAUACCCGGGCCUCCUAUUGCAAAACCAAGUCAUCCGUGGGAAGGAAGUGCAAUCGGAAAUCCGUUUGACCCAUUGGAUGGAUGUAAAUCUUGGCUAGAAGUUGACCGUAUAAGUACUUAGAGAGCUAUGGACGGACACGUUGUCAUUGAAUUUGUACGACAGCUUGCGAUCUUUUGGCGCCGUGAAUAUUAUUGAUUUUGUGCGGUUUGAAGAACUUAUGGACCGCAUCUUGAUGGACAUUGGCUAUUGGAACCACAUGGAUUUGCCUGUUCAGAAAGCAUCCAUUACGGUUACGGAUGUUACGGAUGUGCCCCAACAAGAAGGGAUGUUUGGAGAGUGCGGUGUAUUUAUGUUGAUGUGCAUGGAGCAGCUUGUUUCAGGUCUACCGAUUGGUAUAUCGACGGCACAUGUUAUUGCUGCUACUCAGUUUUGCACUAGGAUGGCCAUGAUAUAUUAUGGAUCUUCUAGAAAGGCAAUUUUUAGUUAGUCCAAUUUGUAGGUUUUUAGUGACAUUUAAUAUGUAUUGUUUCAUCACGAUUGGUAAACAUUAUAUUUUCGUUUAUGUUAACAAAAUGUCCC